GAAAACCGUGCUGCGGCUACUUUCUUUCUCAGUCUUGGUGCUGGAGGGGAGUGUGUUCUCAUUUAGCUUUAAUCGCGCACGGUUGUAGUAAUGGCUCUGCUGAAAUCGAGCACGGUUCUUUCAGCCGUUGGGGCGUACAGCCCAGCUCUGGGAGUCUUCCCUCUCCGUGCAAGCUCAUGGUGGUCUGAGGUACAGAUGGGCCCACCUGACCCCAUCCUUGGGGUGACUGAGGCUUUUAAGCGUGAUGCCAACCCCAAGAAGAUGAACCUUGGAGUGGGAGCUUAUCGUGAUGACCAGGGAAAACCCUAUGUUCUUAACUGUGUCCGCAAGGCCGAGGCUCAGAUUCUUGCUAAGAAGCUGGACAAAGAGUACCUUCCCAUCAGCGGCCUGGCAGAUUUCACCAAGGCCUGUGCACAGCUGGCUCUAGGACCUGACAAUGAAGUCCUGAAGAGUGGCAGAAGUAUCACUGUCCAGACUAUUUCGGGAACCGGGUCUCUGCGCGUUGGAGCCAAUUUUCUGUCACGGUUCCACACUGAAGUGCGUGAUGUAUACCUGCCAAAGCCCUCAUGGGGCAACCACACACCCAUCUUCAGGGAUGCAGGCAUGCAGCUGAAAGCUUACACCUACUAUGACCCAAAGACUUGUGGCUUUGACUUCAAGGGAGCCAUUAAUGACAUCUCAAAAAUCCCAGAGAAGAGUGUGAUUGUCCUGCAUGCAUGUGCUCACAACCCCACUGGAGUAGACCCAAGACCAGAGCAGUGGAAGGAGAUGGCUGAUGUGAUCAAGAAAAGAAAUCUGUUGGUGUUCUUGGACAUGGCCUACCAGGGCUUUGCAAGUGGGGACAUUGACCGGGAUGCUUGGGCUGUGCGCCACUUCAUUGAACAAGGCCACAAUAUUGUUCUCUCACAGUCCUUUGCUAAGAACAUGGGCUUGUAUGGUGAGCGUGUAGGAGGAUUUACAGUUGUGUGUAAGGAUGCUGAGGAGGCCAAGCGAGUGGAGUCCCAACUGAAGAUUCUCAUUCGUCCCUUCUACUCCAACCCCCCCAUCAAUGGAGCUCGCAUUGCUUCAGCCAUACUUAACACACCUGAACUCUACAAAGAGUGGUUGGUUGAGGUGAAAAGCAUGGCAGACCGCAUAAUUAAGAUGAGGGAGAUGCUUGUCUCGAACCUUAAAAAAGAGGGCUCCACUCACAACUGGCAGCAUGUCACUGACCAGAUCGGCAUGUUUUGCUUCACUGGCCUCAAGCCUGAGCAGGUGGAGCGGCUAAUUAACGAGUACUCUGUCUACAUGACAAAGGAUGGACGCAUCUCUGUGGCAGGUGUGACCUCUGGAAAUGUGGCCUACCUUGCACAUGCCAUUCAUGCUGUUACCAAGUGAAUCAAACACACCUGUAGAUGUUGUAUACUGUAGUGGCAUUUGACUUGCACAAAAAAUAUCUCCCUUCAUUUAACUUGGGCUUUCUCUUGGGAAGCUAUGCAAGACUACCCUGUUUGUCAGCUCAUCUUGAUUGACGUUAGUAUUUACCUGUGAAAUGGAGAAAUUAGUUGAAAGUACUGCACUUGUGAAUUUCCCUUUGAAUUAUGAUUGAGAGCAAACUAUACUACUAUUACAGAGUUCCCAAAGAGCAGUUUAUUAGUGGCUCUAGUUUUACUCGAGUUAUUAGUAUGAUUUAAUGUUCUCUAUUGAAGUGAGUCAUCUUAAAUGGAAUAUUAUGUCUCCAAAGCAGUUCUGGAAAAAAUGUAUAUUCAGACAAAUGCAACAGUUUGAGCCAGCAGGUCUGCCCAUUUUUGAUAAUGCUAAGUUGUGGUAUUGAAUCUGUAAACUGUUACAAACCUUUCCAUCUGAUGAUUGGCUCCAUGUUUUUUGUCCCAGUAAAGUUCCUGGGACUCUAAUUAUACAAGAAGCAAAAGCACUUUUUAGUAGAGCCUAAGUUCAGGGACCGAGACGAACAGACUAGCUGCAGUAUAUAAUCCGUUAUCUACAAUUUGUUGUAAUAUUAAAGCUCUUGUUCAAACCUGAUUAAAUGUAGUUUGUACAUCUACAUUACAAAUCAUAAGUUGAUAAACAACAGUUUGGCACACGAGAAUAACAUUUCUAUUAUUUCUUUUGCAUAUCUGAUUAAUCACUGGUCAGUGUAAAUUUAUUGUAUGUUAUUUGGAUUUUAAUAAGUUUGAAUGCAUGAUAAAGAUCUAUAAGUACUUGGUUUGGCUGAAACUAGUUAACAUUUGUGACUGGGUUGUCUUGAUUCAAAAAGCUAUCGGGUUUUGGGGGGGGGUUCUCAACUGUCAAUUGUGAAAUAUAUGUAUAACAACUAUAACAGAUGCAGUAAACAAAUAAAGAUGAGCGUAUCAAA